CAGUUGAAUGAAUGGUUUAUUAGCACCAAAACAAGUGCGCAUAUACAUGUAUAUAUCAUUGCAACCAUACAAGGCUGAAUUGGUGUAUGAUACACAAUAAGUUUGAUAAAAUCUUCAUUAAGACUCUCUUAGCAAUGACACAAUGAAAGGAAGUGUGCUAUUUUUGAAUCUGAAAGACCUGCAUCUAAACUGUGUGUAGUUAUAUUUUGUUCGUAGUUCUUUGCCAUGAACACUUUUCCGUUUCGAGGGUAACCAGCCAGAGACUUCGACACAGACAAUGCAAAUUUGAAACAAAGACUGCGACGUCUCAGGAACAGGGAAGUAAAGCUAGGGGCACAACGGUUGCGCAAUGUGUAAGUACGUGAUCUGCACGGCACGCCUGGCUGCGAGCAGUUGCGUUCAUCGUUCGUUGCGCAAGUGGUAGGUGAGUUGCACGUGCUUACAACGUACGGUCUCUGUGCGGUUGCCACGUUUGUAUUGCGUCGGCAUUCACAGGUGAACAAGUAAGGCGCGGAGUAAGAAUGGAACACGCAAUCACCACGUGCGCAGCACGAACGUGCUACGCGCGCCGUCCGUACAACAAUUGACUGUGAGAAAACUCACGGAGCCAGUGCGUUGUAUCCUCAUUGGCUGUACAGGGCAAGCGCGUCGCCCGUACUGGCACGUUCGGGGGGCAAAUCCGCAGCCCGAUCGCAGAGAAAGUUCUACAUGCACUUAAAGUUCUACGGCGUGUCUGCGUGCUCCUAAUCCGUCGAAUUCCAUACGAGUUCGUACGGAGACGGUACUUACCACUUACGGAUACCAAAAGAUUGCCCACGUUUUGGCACGUAGACAGCACGUAUUUGCACGUACGGCGGGUUGUGCCCCUAGCUUAAGUGACAGCUAAUCUAGGGCUUAGUCGUAGCCAACAUAGUGUCUAUCUAGAAUUAUUCUGCACGCCCUCUUUUGUGCACAUUUAAUACAUGUACACUUUGACUGGAGAGCAGUGAGGCCUGAAUACCACUCAGGGCAAGCAUACUCUAACAACGGCCUUACAAAUCCACUGAAAACUAGAGUUAGAAGCUAUUCUGACGAAUUUGUCUGAGAGAAAUCGAAACGUAAGCAAUGUAAGUACCUGCCGAUUGUGUUAAAAGAAUUCGCCUAUGUCCCUGAUUCUUAAAACGACGAUGCCUGGAAAAACAUUGAGGCUGAGCAUUGAUUUGAAAUUCGGAGAAUAUUGACAAAAGGCUUCGAAGUUGUGUCUCAAAUUUUGAAUUAUGCUUAUUAUUUCUGGGUGAGACAAGACUUUAUUGAUCACCACUCGUAAAACCCCAAUCCGUCCAAUAAAACUGUUGAACCAUUAUAAUUAGUCUGUAUCGUUUUGUUCACAGGAUAUGACUGAUGUUCAUGUGUCAUCAGCUGCUCUGUCUGUUCCAAGGUACGCCUAUCUGCCAGUUCGCGCAUGCGUAGCACGACGUAUCGUUGGUUAUAUGUCAAAGGUGUAAACCAUGGUUGAUACCAGGUCUAUAUAGCUAGACGUGUUUUGUCUCAGCGGCUUUCAACUUUGAUCUUUUUCCUACAUUGCGUCACACAGCAUAUCCGCAGUUGAAAACGUGAACUUAGUAAUAUACUGUAAUUGAUAUAAUUUCGCGGUAGUGGGAAAAAGAAUUUUUCGCGGUGGUUUGAAGUUCGCGGUAGCACCACGCACUGUAGUCUCUUAAUGCCAUGGAAAUUUUCGCGGUGGUUUUAAGUUCGCGGUGAAACCGCAAAAUAAAACCACCGCGAACAUUUCUGCAUUUACUGUAAACUUAUUAGACAGAUUACGUGAAGUCAACAUUUUAUAGUCACGUUUUUAUUUCUUCUUAAAUCAUGUCAUUUUAGCUUGGAACAAUGAAUGAAUGAAUGAAGGCAAGAGGAAAUCUUUUACAAUUUAUCGCCCUCGUCUGAUGAUCGUCAUUAAUAUUUCAAAAGGAUGCAUACACGCGCUACUUACCACAAAAUCAUAUACGGAAGAAAAGUUGCUUUCUUUCCUGUGAAGCGGCCACCGCGAAAACUGCGAACGUUAAACCACCGCGAAAGUUUCUGCAAUCACAAAAAGCUCAUUGCACACUGCAGGGCCCUGGAACUGUAGACUACGUCUGAAGGACUGAACCUGUGUCUGUAUCUUAUUGCUAUCCAUGUUGUUUUCUUGUCAUACAGCAAUGGUACAUGUCGGCCUCGUGUUAACGUCGCCUUCAUGAAAGUACACAAAUGUGGAUCUUCUUUAAUAUCCCACAUGUUUCUUCGAUUUGGAUAUGAGCAUAACUUGACAGUUGCUCUACCACGUCAGGUUGGACGUGAAGUCAUAGGCGGUUUUGGAACAAUCAAUGAUGGCGACUAUUUGCAUCCCCCUGGCGGGAAACGUUGGAACAUCUUCGGUCACCACGCCAUUUACAACAGGACGUGCUUUCGACAACUUAUGGCUCCAAACACAAGGUAUGUUGCAAUUCUAAGGGAACCACUGCAGCGGAUUCAGUCUGCUUUCAGCUAUUUCCACCUUGAAAAAGGCUUUCCUGGACUUCAGAACGAAACUCCCAAAGGAAUUGCUCCUGUCAUCACCUACCUUGACAGGCCGAGAUACUGGGACCCACUGUUUAAGCUUAAGUCUGUAAGUACUAAGACUUGGAACAACAUGGUAUUGCUGAGAGAGCACGUUUGCUUUAGGAACUGCAUGUCGCGCGAUCUGGGACUUGCAGAGGGAGAUUACAGUAACCACACUGCCGUUGAGGAGUUUGUGCGAGGCAUCGAAAACGAUUUUAAAACGAUGCUGAUCUUGGAGUAUCUUCCAGCAUCCUUGAUUCUACUGAAGCGACGCAUGUGCUGGACUUUCUACGACAUUCUUUACAUAACGGGGCCUCACUCAAGAAAUCAGAAAUACAGACUCAAGGCUCCCAUAACGGACGAGAUGAAACGCACGUUUUACGAACACAACUACGCCGACUUGGUGUUAUACACUCGUUUUAACGAAUCGCUUCACAGACAGAUCAGUCAGGAGAGCGCUGACUUUCAAGAAGAAGUGAAUCAUUUCAAGCACGUCAACAGCAAUGUCUCUAAGUACUGCCAUUCGAAGACAAGACAAGAGAAAGGCGACUUUUUGUUGGGAAAAGCAGAUGGAACGACGCUUUCUCUUUUGGCAAAGUACUUUGCGUACGAUUACUUGCCAAUAGAAAAUACUGGGAUAAGUUACUUAGACCAAGGUAUCAGCAUACAGGGGACAGAGAUUUAGAAAAGGGGGAGGUUGUUGUUCACCCAAAGAAGUCGCCUCAAAAACCACGAAAACGGCGUAAUGCUGGUUCACCUUUAUCCAUGGGGUAACCAAUAACCGUUGUUUUUAAAAUUAAGAUGUGUUAAGGUA